AUGAAGAUUGUCAUCUUUCUUGCUGGCUUAAUUGCUCAAGGCGCGCUUGCAGCUCUUACUGUUAACUUCUACUCUGAUGCAUCUUGUACAGAUGUUGUUGAGACCAUCCAUCCUACUGCGAACUACGCAGUAUUCAAUGCUCCCGCAGGAGUCUUGUCCGCUUUAUGGACUGAUCACACCGAUAAUUAUGAUGGCUUUGAGAACUGGUUUACUGGUGUAACUCCUCCGGACUCUUCAGAUACCAAUUGGUAUUCAAAUCCAACAGGGUGUAUUGGUGGCGCAACUGGCUCUCGAAUAAUUGUCAUGGCCGACUGA